CAGCGGUGAGCGGUACAGCGCACGCCGUCUUCAGCGGUGAGGGAUGCAGCGCGUUCCUUCGUCAGUGGUGAACGCGACUCAGCGCGUGCCGUCGUCAGCGGUGAGCGGUACAGCGCGUGUCGUCGUCAGCGGUGAGCGGUGCGACGCAUGUCGCCAUCUGCGAGCACUUGUUUAGAUGCUCAACGUGAUUGUUGCGAGGGUAGCAAUUCCCACAUAUUACCAAGCGGCGCUGACAGCAGCGCUGAGAUCGCCGGCGAGGCACCAGGCCCACGGCCAUCUGCAGAGCCGGACGGCGAGGCUGUACCACGGAGCGAACGGCGAGCACCACCAGCAGCUACCUGCCGGCAUGAGGGUGGUUGAUCUGCGCAGUGACACGGUCACCAGACCGACCGCUGCCAUGAGGCGGGCUAUGGCGGAGGCCGAGGUCGGAGAUGACGUCAUGGGUGACGACCCAACCGUUCAAGCCCUGGAGAGGAAGGUCGCCGACAUGUUGGGUUUUGAGUCGGCGCUAUAUGUGCCCUCGGGCACCAUGGCUAAUCUCAUAUCCAUAAUGUGUCACUGCACGGCCAGAGACAGCGAGAUCAUCGUGGGAGACAAGUGUCACAUCCAUCUGUAUGAGCAGGGCGGCUGCGCCACUGUUGCCGGGGUGCACCCGCGAGUGAUGCCUAACCGACCCGACGGCACCAUCGACCCGGACCUGCUGCGCGCCAAGGUGCGCUCCGAGGACGUCCACUACCCGGUCACGAAGCUCAUCUGCCUGGAGAACACGCACAACUACUGCGGCGGCAAGGUGCUACCGCUGGACUACCUGGAUCAGGUGGUGGCUCUGGCGAAGGAGGUGGGAGUACCUCUGCACAUGGACGGCGCCCGACUACCCAACGCUGCCGCCGCACUGGGUGUGCCGAUGUCGCGGAUUCUCCGCGGAUUUGCUUCCAGCACGCUGUGCCUGAGCAAGUCGCUGUCGGCUCCGGUGGGCUCGCUGAUCGUCGGCUCAGCGCAGUUCAUCAAGCAGGCGCGCCGAACCCGGAAGGUGCUGGGCGGUGGUAUGCGCCAGGUGGGCGUGCUGGCCGCCGCUGGUCUUCUGGCCGUGGACGUCAUGUGUGACCGGCUGGUUGACGACCACCAGCGGGCCCGGAGGCUGGCCGAAGGACUUAGCGUCAAGAACUACACCUUCAGCAUGCUUCUCGACAUAAAAGCCAUCAACAGCUGCGGGAAGCCCGGCGCCUCCGUGGACCUGGAGAACCUGCACAGCAACAUUCUGCUGCUGGACCUGGACCCGAACGUUAUGCUGCCCGACCAGUUCUGCCAGAGGAUGCAGGAGGCGCCGCCGGAGGAGAUCCAGGCGCUGGGGGAGCCGGUGGCGGUGCACAUGUUCCCCAUGUCCUCCUCCAACGUGCGCAUGGUGCUGCACGCCGACGUAAGCGACGCAGACGUGACGAAAGUGGCGCAGAAGCUGGUGUUCGUCAUCCGAGGUCUGAGUGGGAGCCGCCAGACGCCGACGGGCACGCGCCUGCAGCGGGGCGUCAGUGUCAUCGUGGAGUAGCCGCGGCCCGCAGUAGAGGCCUCCGUAGUGGAUAGCUGUGCACGGAAUGCGUGAUGGACGCCAUAGACCUGACGGAUACACUCAAGUGAUCACUGGCCAACAUAUAUCACAUCCGAAAUGGCUCAAACGACCGAACUUAACCCAAAUGUCAAUUUCAUGGAUGAGAUGUAAUAAAAAAUGAA